AUGGGGGAGAAUAUAUUGUGGGGGGAGACAGCUAGAAAACCGAAAGCAAGUGGCGGGACAUACAUGCCUAAACAGCUACGCUCAUCUAUCAUUUCAUUUCGCAGGCAAAGGCUGUGUCACAUUUCUCAAACUCUUUCUCUUUCUCUCUCUCUCAAUUCAAGAUCUGAAAUCACUCUCAUGGAGCAAAGUAAGGAGAAAAAUGCUCCUUGGUUAUCAGUUCCACAGUUUGGGGACUGGGAACAGAAGGGACAAGUCCCAGACUACUCACUGGAUUUCUCAAAAAUUCGCGAAAUGAGGAAGCAAAACAAGACAAAUAUUUCAAGGGCAAGUCUUGGUAAUGAAGAGGAACUCAUGGCUGCUUCUACCACUAACAAUACAAACACUGUCCACAGUGACCAGCAACAGCACCCUCACUACCAUCAAACCAACUCUCCAACCACAAGGAGGAGCUUCCUGAGCUACUUCAACUGUUGCGUAAAAGCUUGA